UUCUAUUGUGUCUGCUGCUGUAUGUUGUGUUUGUUUAUCUGAGUAGCAGACUGAAUUUGGAUCCAGAGGACACAGCUGAUGGAUAGUGAGUGAAUGAGUUUGUCUCUUUGAAUACUCUAAGUCAGGAGUGAUUUACAGCUUUGGAUUGAAUUCUUCCACUAUUAAAGCUCUUCAGUGUGUGUGGUAUCAGCGAGAGGCCCCAAAAUAACCAGAGCAGAAAAAGACCCAGAGAGGGGGUCAGGAAGUGAGUUCAGAGCAUCUCAAGAGCCUGUCUGCAGCAGGUGUCUCACUCCAUCCUUCCACCAAGACCUCCACAUAAGACUUAAGCAUAAUGGAAGGCACCAGAACUUCUCUCUGGCUGUUUCUUCUGCUCAACCAGCUGCCGUUCUGUCCUACGGAUGCAGACCAAGACCUUUCAACCUUGCAGCCAAAUUCGUACAAAACAGAAGAUCAAGGUGGCAGCUCAGUCCCAGCUGUGGAGCCCAGCUUUACUACCAUUGGCCACACAAACUCACCUGACACAGAGAGCAAUGGCACUCGUGCUGACUGCUUGAUCGACACAGAGAUGGGUCUGAUUGCUAUAGGUUCAGCAGGGGGGCUGAUUGUCUGUCUGCUAGUUGCCACCGUGGCACUGGCAUGCCAGGUCUGCCUUAUUCAGCGCCGCGUUUAUGCCCCACGCACCUCCAGGUCCAACAUGGACUUGGUGAGCGGUACAGGCUACUGGGGCACUGACCGGCCUGAAGUCAGAGGACUGGUUGGGCCAUGUGAUGCUAGUGUCAUGCUUGAGGAGGUAAGAUCAGACAGCAAGAUGGAGGAAGAGCGCCAGGCUGAAAUACCAGAGGCAAAGGAAGAGGGAAAUGCAGGACUUGAGAGAGGGGCCAUGGCAAUGGCAUUUGAUCCUGAAGAAAAGGCCAGUCAGAUGCAGAGCUCGUGCUCCAAAGAUUCCUGUCUGGAGGUUCCCAGGGAUCUAGAGGACAUGCCUCUUGUUGUGUGAGGAGGUAAAUUCCAGCCCCACACACUUCACUCAAGACAAACAGCAACCAGUCAGUUCAGCCAAUGUUUUCUGGUUUAACUUAGCAUGUUCAUUCCAGUUUAUUGCACUUCACAGAAUCUAACUAAAAACCCAGUAACCUCUGCCUGGAGUUACAGUACCCAUACCAAAAAUUUCUUGUGUCUGACACAAGAAAGAUAUUUUCAAACAUAUUUUUUAUUUUAAAAAGAAUGAGGUGUACAUAUUUGCAAAGAAUAAGUAAAAAGUAUAACUUUUAAACAUCUAACAUGAUAUGCUGGUUAUUCUUACACAUUUGCUUAUCAAAUUCAGUAUUCACUGUAAGACUGCUUAAUUUUGUUCCCAACAUCUAUUAGUAGAUAUGACACCAGGGAGCUCGAGUGCUGCCAAAGUCAUAUUAAAAUGAUGGUCAGAAACUUGGGUACAAUGUCUGCAAAAAGUUUUUGUUGUCUUAAAUAAUCUUUGUUGAACAUUUCCUCUGUCAAUUUAGCUAUCAGUCAUCUCUUACCUGUGCUGUAGACUCUCUAAUACUUCUGUUUUUCAUAACACUUGUGCAAAUAAAACAGAGCCUGUUCAAAUGUCGGGUUUAAAAUAAAUGGAUUUUUGCAUUGUGUCAGUGUCUCUAAAAUGUAUUUUUAAAACAAUAUUCAUGAUUCAAGUCACUAUCCCUUUAUUAAUAUUUACUGAGUGUAGUUAUUAAAAGAAGCACUGAAGCAUCAUUGG